AUGAAGACCAAUACACAUGGCCCGAGGAGCCACUGCAAGGUAAAGGCCGUGGCGGCGUCGGCGAGAGAUACCAUCUGCUCGAAGGGCAGCAAGAAGGACUACUACAAGGUGCUGUCGCUGGAGCACCCGGCGGCCGUGGGCGCGGAGGAGAUCAAGCGCGCGUACCGGCGGCUGGCGCUGUGUUACCACCCCGACGUGUGCCCGCCGUCGCGGCGCGCCCAGUCCACGGAGCUCUUCGUCGAGCUGCGGCGAGCGUACGAGACGCUCUCCGACCCGGCGCAGAGGGUACGGUACGACGCGGAGAUGAGAGCGACCGGGGAGGACGGUGCGGCAGCGAGGCCUGGUGGUGGUGUUGAGUUUCCGAGGGACGUGUGGGAGGCGCAGCUGUGCGAGCUGCGGGCGCGCUCCGAGCAGCGGCAGAGGGCGAGGCGCGGUGGCGUCCCGAUCCGCCGUCAGCCGGUCUGA